GGAUGAAAACUGGAUAUAUUGUCAUUCUUGCUCUGUUCAUGGCAACUGCUAUGUCAGCCGUUGUUGAAGCUGGACUCGCUGGAGGACUCUACGGAGAAAGACUUGUUGGAGAUAGACUCGUCGGAGGAGGACUCUAUGACGGAUACUACAACGGACUCGGAGGAUACUAUGGAGCUCAUGAAGCUUAUGGAGCUUAUGGAGCCCCAGUCAUAGGAGCUGGAGUCGUUGGAGAGAGAGUUGUAGCAGCCCCAGCUGUAGCAGCAGGUGUUGUUGGAGAAAGAGUUGUAGGAGCUGGACUUUAUGAUGGACUUUAUGGUGGUUAUGGACCAUACUACGGUGAAGCUUAUGGUGCUUAUGGUGCCUAUGGUGCCCCAGUUGUUGGAGGAGCUGUUGUUGCUGACGGAUAUGUUGGCAGACCUAGAUUUGUAUAAUUCUUCAAUAAUCUUUCGAA